CACCUAUUUGUGCUUCUGAGAGUCAAGAAGGAGGUCGAAGUUUACCGAGUCUGCGCCUGGCUGGUAUCAACAAGACACGAGGCCGAAGACAUGUUAAAAUAAAUCGAACCACCGGAAUUUGCACGCGAUAGUUAAUGAACGGUUCUUGCGGAGAUUCGGUGCGAUUGCACGGUGGUUACAUGUGGUCGUAGCUAGUUUAUCUUGAUAGAAGCAAGUGGAGACCGUUAGCCAACCAUCAAAGCCUAGCGGGGAAGUACCCCCAGACAAGUAGCGGGCUGAAGGCAAGGGUUUCUUCGAUAAACAAAAUCGUUUGACAAAGGAGCAGUAGGACAUCUUCUAGCCAGUCGCUUCCCGUGUUCACAACACCGAUAUCUUGCUCUAUGCUCCUUUGUGCUUUAACGUGUGUUCUAGCGCUCGUUGAAGCGUCUACCUACUACAGACUGUUUUGGUGCAGCAACGCCUGUAUGAGUGCCUGAAUAGCCACGCACUAUAGCUGGCUGAUAUUACAUUGGAUCUAGCUCACAGCCGUGCAUCUACUGUCACAUUAUGUCGCUUUAAACGUCAAAAUACUAAACUGCGGAGCUCAUUUAGUUGUCAACUCGGAAGCAGAGGUUCUUAGCCAGAUAUCUAACUAAACAGCUGACCAGUCGGUCGAGUGGAGCAACAUUUCCUCGCCUUGCUGUGUCAUGACAUUAAAGUGCAAGUCAAGUCAUUUCAAAGAGUACGCAAGAUAGGAACAUUUGGCAUAAGUAGAUAGGUGGGGACAGGAAUCCUACAUUUAACGUUGGCUACUGUCGACCGUAAGUUGAACCAAAGGACUGUAUUUGUAGGUCGGUCUCGACAGCACAGAAUGAAGAAGUUCUCCCGUAUGUCGGAGAGCGGCGGUCCGGGAGGAGGGUCCGGGUCGGGCUCUGGAGUCGUUAGUAACUGCUUUGGGAAAGUGUUCGCCGUGGGCCGGUAUCAAGUCACGGUGGAAGAACUCAUCGCAGAAGGUGGGUUCUCUGUGGUGUUCCUGGCCCGGACACACAGUGGCAUGCGCUGCGCUCUCAAGAGGAUGUACGUCAACAAUGUCCCUGACCUCAACAUCUACAAGAGAGAGAUCACGAUUAUGAAGGAGCUGUCUGGUCAUAGGAACAUAGUGAACUACCUGGACUCUACCAUCAACUCCGUAGGGGACAGUGUGUGGGAGGUGCUCAUUCUCAUGGAGUACUGUAAAGCUGGUCAGGUAGUGAAGCAGAUGAACCAGCGUCUCCAUAUAGGGUUUACGGAGCCGGAGGUGUUGUCCAUCUUCACUGAUACCUGUGAGGCUGUGGCCAGGCUGCAUCAGUGUAGAACCCCUGUCAUACACAGGGACCUGAAGGUAGAGAACAUCCUCCUGAGUGAUAAUGGGAGUUAUGUUCUGUGUGAUUUUGGAAGUGCUUCUCUCAAAGUGCUGCUUCCACAUAAAGACGGAGUGACCGCUGUGGAGGACGAAAUCAGGAAGUACACGACCCUGUCUUAUCGAGCUCCAGAGAUGAUCAACGUGUACGCAGGGAAGGCCAUUACCACCAAGGCUGAUAUAUGGGCUCUUGGUUGCUUGUUGUACAAGCUGUGUUUCUUCAAGUUGCUCCUCAACACAAAGCUGUCAAUCAGUAAGUCCAUCUGCCUUGUUCCUCAGCAACACAAAGCUGUCAAUCACAACACAAAGCUGUCAAUCAGCUAUAGUAAACUAUAUGUCCCCUCUACUCCAGGCUAUAGUGAACUAUAUGUCCCCUCUACUCCAGGAUACAUUAAACUAUAUGUCCCCUCUACUCCCAUGUCUCCUCCAGGAUACAUGCUUGAGCCUGACCAUGAGAAGAGACCAGACAUCUAUCAAGUCUCCUACUUUGCCUUCAAGUUAGCUGGAAAGGAGUGUCCUGUGCCAAAUCUCUUUAACUCUCCUCUCCCCACGUCACUUCCUGAGCCGCUCACAGCCAGCCAAUUCGCUGCCAGGAAGAGUAUGACGAAAGCCAGAAUCACAGAGUCCGUGGGGCCGACGGCAACUUCCAUCACUCCGAGACAGAGACCCAAAGCUACAAGCAGUUAUGUGCUACCCAUUCCUGUAGCAGCCGGCACCCCGGUCGCUGCCACGCCCAUCGGCACCCCUACAGCUGAGCCUUCUGUACCUGUCAGUAAUGGGCAGAAAGCGACCACCCCAGGGAAUGAGCAGCCGAUGGCGCCACAGACAGCCAACAGGGUCCUCCAGCAGCUGCAGCCUGGGGACCUGCGUCUGCAACAACAAGAUCCACUUCACCCAGUCCAUCCACAGCAGCUCCAAUACCUUCAGUACCAGCAGGCCCUUCAGCAGUCGAUCCAGCUCCAACAGCAGCUCCAACAGCAGCAGCACCAGCAGCAGGCCCUGCUCCAACAACCGAUGAUGAUGCAGCCCAUGAAUCAGCAACAGCAGACUCACUACGCAGCCAUGAUGCACCAGUACCAACGGGCUUUUGCACAGCAACAGCAUCAACACCCCACCCAGCAGCCCUAUCCUCUGGAGUGUCAGCUUCCCCCGGGCUCCUAUAACCCUGCUGGGCCUGUGCCCGGGACUAUGUCCCCCGUGGAGCCUCCAUCCACUAACACCAGUAGAAGCCCUCUGGUGGACUUCAAGGUGACCACCCCUCCUCCCCAGAGCCUGGUCACCCCCCAGAGCCUGGUCACCCCCCAGAGCCUGGUCACCCCCAGAGCCCCUCCUGACAUGUCCCGAUGGAACCCCUUUGGAGAGGACAACUUCUCCAAACUGACGGAGGAGGAGCUGCUGGACCGCGAGUUCGACCUCCUCAGAGCAAGUAAACCUCUGGAGAGAACCAGUAGCCAGGAGGCAGACCGACCGCUGCAGCCAAUCACCCCUGAAGACCUGUUUGGCUCCUCCCCCUUCCUGUCUAGUGCAGGUUCUAGUGUGGCGGUGAUAACUGAUCAGCCUAUUGAAGAGCUCAGUAACCCCGUCGCUGCCCCCGUACCUGUUCCUGUGGGUCUUGAGGAAGUGCUGCAACCUCCGGUGGCAAAGGAGCACAAACCAAGUAGGAGGAGAAACUCUCCUAUCGGCGGUUCACAAACGACUCGCAUACCAGGUGGUGACGAAUCAGACAGUGACUUUGAGUCAGAUCCUCCUUCCCCUAAGAGCAGCGAGGAGGAAGACGACCCGGACGACGACGAAGGUCUGAACAACAAGCACAGAGAGUUCUUCAACGAACUGGAAGAUUUGGAGGAAACGGAGAUGCUGGGACAUAGGCCUCUGCUGAUGGACUCAGAGGAAGAGUACGACAAACACAGCUCCGACUCAGACUAUGAACCCAGGAAGGUUAAGGAAGGACUUACUAGGAAGCUAAAAGGAGGAGUGGCUACUGCCACACAUGAGGGAAGUCCGAGAUUGGAGUCAGAAGACACACUAAUCACAAUUACGUCUCCCGUGUCACCUGGUGUGGUUGCUGUUAGAGCUUCCCCUUGUGUCGGUGGCAUUGUGGACGUGUUUGGUGAGGAUGUGUUUGGUGCUGUGCCCUUCUUUCUUCCAGCGGCAGCUCCAACAGAAAGCGCAGACAUCUUCUCCGCGGCUCCCUUCAGGCAGGUGAGCCAGGAGGCCAUAGUCAACCAGCCCAGCCAGGCCGUGGACGAGUUAGACGUCUUCACUAAGGCUCCGUUCAGCCGGAACCUCUCCAAAUCUGGCAAGACUGGAAGCAGCGACUUCUCUAUGGGUCGGACUCCGCCGGUGUCCCCUGAAAGCAUCGACCCGUUCGGCUUCUCUCCCUUCCAGCCCGGCCCCACGGGUCUGCCACCAACCACCUCCAGGAGUGCCGAGGACAUCUUCCGUCCAGCCUUGGAGAAUUCUCUCAGCCCCCAGCAGCAGAGGAUGAAGCAGCGUAGCCUCCAGAAGUUGUCCUCACGUCAGAGGAAGUUCUCUGGUGGCACCAGCGGUGGCAGCAAUGGCAAGCGCCACCACGGCACACCCACUGGCGGUCGCAAGAACAACAAGCCCGGCUUCCGAACCCCCGAGCGCGUCCGCCGGCACAAGAAGGUCGGCAGGAGGGACUCCCAGAGCUCCAACGAGUUCCUCAGCACCUCAGACUCCAAGGAGAACAUCGGCGUCGGCGGCGUAACGAUGGCAGACGCCGACAAAGACAAAGGGGCUUCCCUGCCUAGCCUUCCUCAUGAGGUCGACCCCUUCGGAGCCAAUCCCUUUGGUCCUCAGGAUGGCAGCCGACUUAACCAGUACCAAGGACUUCUGGGGGACAGCAAGGCAGACAUGGGUUCGGCCAAUGGCAGGCCUCGGACUAGCUCCCUCCAUGAUGCGUUUGGGGAUGGGAACAUCAUGGAUGACUUUGGAGCGGUACCCUUCACAGAACUGGUGGAGCAGCCUGGGCCUGAACAGCAGCCGUCACAGCCAGUAGAGCUGGAUCCUUUCGGAGCUGCACCGUUCCCUUCCAAACAGUGAAUGUCUGCUAGUCUUCCUGCCACACACACUGCUGUGUUACACCAAGCAUAUGGAGUCCCGGGGAGAUAUUCCCUUCCAAGGGAUGUCAACUAGCUUGGUGGUGUGGUAGUUGAUUCUAUUUCCAGCCAAAUUUAACCGCGAUCGGCAACUGCGCUAAUGUGUUUCCAAUGCCUCCCCCCCCCCCCCGAAGGAUAUUUUAAUACAUGAAUACCUGGACUUUGGGAUUAACAAAAACCAACAUAAACUUGUGGCUGAGUUUUAUUUCAGGUUCUGUAUGAAUUUCCUUCACCUGUUAGCUGACAAGCCUUUUAUGCUGCGUCGCAAUACGUGUCUCGUGAGACAUGGAGAUCGAUUUUUGGUUUUCACUCAAGAUCAUACUGUGUCAAACAACAAGAAAACAACUCAGUUUUCAGAUCGCUUGAGUUGCUGCAAAAACAACACUUUUUUUUUUGUAUUUUUUUUUUUUGUAAAGAUUGUGGCCUCCAUGAUCUACCAAUAAUAUUUGAUUUAGCACCAUAAAGCCUUAUAAACAUUCUCGGCCUUGCUGCACAGUACCUCGUAGGCCAUUUCCUUAGCCAAAUGGUUAACAUUGCCUUUUGUGUCAACGGAGGGAUUCGUUUCAGAGCCUUUAUCACUUUGUCAUUUCACCCUUCUUAGACCCUUUCAUUUCU